GCCUAAGCGAGACGAACAACCACAAAUUUAUUGAAACGAAAAAAAAAACUUAGCUACUGCACUCCGCGUCGCCUCUACAGAACUAGAUACAUUUUUCCACGUCUCCGCGUGCGAGAGGGAGAUGCAUGCCAAACAGUAAGUGCGAGCGAGACGGCUAUGUUUCCGCGGGUAGCGCGCGCAGCUAAACGGCCGGUCAUGUGGGCGCUGCCGGUGUUGCGCACGCGCGGCUACCUCGCCGCGGCUGAGUUCCACGCUCACGCUGCGUCGCUCGGCUCGCUUAGCCCGUGUGACCUUUACUUGGUGAACUUAGGAAGCGUCGUUCGCUGUGAAACUUCCAUUAGAACCCCUCCGUCCCCCGCGACAGUGAUUCUUUGGACCUCCAGCGCAGCAGCACCAGCAUUGGAGCGAGAGAGAUGGCUGGCGGUCGUCGGCGCCGUGGCUAAAGGCGCUCAAGCCCCGCCCGUCGUAAGCAUCACAUCUUAGACCAGACAAAAUGUUCGCCGUGAUGCAAAUUGACGAGGACCACACACGGGAUUUCAGACGCAAACUGCGCCCAAAAUGCGAGUUCGUCUGCAAGUACUGCCAGCGUCGGUUCACGAAAUCUUACAACCUGAUGAUACACGAACGGACCCAUAAGAGUCCGGAGCUCUCCUUCAGCUGCGAGGUUUGCGGAAAGACUUUCAAGCGGCAGGAUAAUCUGCGUCAGCACAGAUGUAGUCAAUGCUUGUGGCGGUGAAGGUGAUGGAAGCACGAUCCUACUACAGCGGUCUCUCUUACACAAAUAGAAGAUAGCCAUUACAACUCUAACAAGGAGACCAUGUACUUACGAUGGUGAUCAAAGACGUUCAAAAUUAUGACGUCAUCAACGCCCUUGACGACCUAGGGCUGCUACUUUACAUAACAGUAUUCGUGCUUCGUCAGUAACACCGCCAGAAUGGGAUAUUGCAAUGUUUCGGAUAUAAUUUUUUGUUAAUUUCGGAUUCCAUAUUCACAUUCGCUUUUUUAUUGUUAUUUUUGACUACAAUGUUGUGAUAUGCAGAGCAGUGGGGUCGCUCUAAUAUUUUGACAUACGUUUGAUGUUUUCGAAUUACAAAAUUAAAUAAUAUAAAAUCAAAAUUUAAUAAAAAGUAAAU